UGCCAACCAAGAAGAAGAAGAAGCUGUGAGCCAGGAGGGAGGGGGUGAGUGAGUGAGUGAUUCGUUCGCUCUAUGAUUCAACACAAGAAGGGAGAGGGAACAAAAGGACAUCAAACAAAAGUCCCAGGAAUGAGCUGUGUCCCUGCUGACGCAUCUGUGAGUCAUCUUCAGAGUGAAAGAAUGCUGCCACUCCGGUCAGUGUCAGAUUAUUGAAGUGCUCAGGCUUGGCAUGAAAAGAAAGUCAGUUGUGUCUGCUGCAGUCAGUAACCAGGAACACUAGGAGCAGGAAUGGGAAUUAAGGCACUAAAGCAGAAAAAUGAAGGUGCACUAGCAAGACUCGCAGUACUGUGAGUUGUGAAGUCCCAGAACCCCGACUAACUCUUUGCUACCUUUUUAAGCAGGUGGUGCAAUUAACCAGGGCUUGACUGGCUUGACUGAAUCAUCACUGGGAAGUUUCCAUCAGGCAUCUCCACUGUGAACUAUACCUCCACCCCUCCUCGGCAAACCUGCACCUUUACUUUAUUUAUUAGAGUUUUAACAAUGUUCUCUUUAGAUAUUGUGUGUGUUUUAAUUGUUGUUCAGUGCGUUGUGACUUUUAUCUCUGUGGAAAUAGCUAUAUAACUAUAUAAAUAAACUUCACUUAACACCAAAGAACAAUAAGUACACAAAAACAGGCUGAGAGCCACAUGCAGCUCUGAGGCUUUAGCAGUAGAAAUAACAGAAAUGAACUUUUUCCAUGGUAAACAUUCCUACUCUUCUUAAUGGACAAAGAGGGAUGCUUUCCUGAAAUCCAGCCCCUCUGUUGUAAAAAUCUGUUUUAAUGAUUGCCCAAAAUUAAUUUAAGACUUUUAUCUGAGCCACUUUUUAGUCAUAAUUUGGUAAGUUUCCAACAUUACCAGCUCAACAGUCUUUUCUGCAGUGAACCAAUAAUCUUACACAAUGUUUACUCAGGUUACUGCAAUGGGGCCUCAGUCUUACAUUUUUACUUUAGUAUUGUAUAAUUUGCUGCUUCUUGCCCACAAGUUUUGUUUGUAAGCAGUCCUUAAAUUUUGUCAACUCCAAAGACAAAAAAGAAAUGUUUGCUCUAAAAAUUUCCACUACAUGACUCGUUAAAAGUGCUGUAGCUGAUUUUUUCUUUAUUAUUAUUUGAUGUAGAAUCGAGAAGUGACUCACUGUGUGUGACUGUGUUUUUCACAGACACACACAGCAUGGCAAACACAAACUCUACAUGUCAGAAAGGAAAUAGCGUCUGGUAUUUAAAAUGCCGUAUAUUAAAAAGACAAGGUGAUUUUAUUACAAACAAGGUUAUGGUAAAUGCUUAUUUUAUAGGUGAGGAAGGCUUCAAACUUAUAGAUUUUAUUAAUACAUUUUAAAAGCUUUCUUGCUAAUUGUUUACUGUUCCAGUCUAGAGAAAUCUGUGAAAUAUCAGUGCGAGGAAUCACGUUUUACAGAAUGGUAAUGGAGACAGCCUCAUUAUACGUUUUUAGUUCAAACACUGAGUCUGGUGUUGUGUUAUUUUUUUCAUUUGGAUAAAUACACUGUGCCACAUAAAUGCCAUAAAUGAUGGCAAAGUAGAGCAAGCACAUGUGGCAGAGACUUUCUGUCCAAUCAGACAUAUCUACCUGUGUGUCUUUCAGUUCCCUGUCGGCUGACUGGCUCCCUACAAGAUGCUCUGCCCCCUGCUCUUCCUGUCUGCUCUUACUGCACUGGCAGGUGCUCAGUGGUCCUAUCAGCAGACAUUCAGUGAGUCUUCAGUGUUGAACAUCAGGUCAUGUGCCAUCACAUAUUAUGGACAGAAGUACGAGCAGCUCUAUGUGAACAUAACAUCUGGAAAUGUUACCGUCUGUUUCAACGGCUUUUUCAGUCCUGAAACUGGAAGCGACUGUAUUGUGGAGCAUUCACGGGGCGCACAGCGAUUUCAAUUUCUUAUAAUUCAAGACAAUUCACUUGAAAAUGAAAAUGAAAAUUUGGCAACCAUUCAGAACAGUUUAGAAUGCACUGUUUUCAUCCUUUUCCCCUCCAAUAUCGUUAUAAAUUUGUAUCUGGAUAACUUCGGGACACAAGCAGCUCUGGGGGUUUCCACAUCCAGCAGUGAUCCUGUGCUCAGUUGCCUGAUUGGCUCUCUGCAACAUGCUCCACCCCCUGCUCAUCCUGUCUCUUCUCAGCUUGCUGACAGCAGGAUAUUCCCAAAGUGUCGAUCCUUGUUACGACUACACUGUGCUGAAUGAUCAAUGGCGUUCAACAAACAACACAAAUACUCAGGACCUACACUGUGAUCAAUCUAUUAACUGGCAAGGCUGGUACCGCCUGUUUCUGGGGAGCUCCAAUGCUCGUAUUCCCGAGACGUGUAUAGACUCAAACAGGUGUGGAACCCAUGCUCCUCUGUGGAUAACACAACCUCAUCCCUCACAGCCAGGUGAAACUGUAAAUCGCACUGUGUGCAACAACUGGUCUGGAAGCUGCUGCCAGUUUCCAUCACACACCAUCCAAGUCAAACUAUGCUAUGGAAACUACUACGUCUACAAACUUGAGAGGCCAUCUGCGUGCCACCUUGCGUACUGUGCAGAGGUGAACACAACAACAUCUGCACUUUCUUCAACCACACCUGCUCCAAUACCACAGACCUCUACAGCCAAUCAGGUCAGGCUCACUUCUACAACAGCAGUGAGCAACAGUGCAGCAGUGGAGGGGCGCAUCCGCCUGGUUGGAGGAAACAGCUUGUGUUCUGGCAGGGUGGAGAUCUUCCACAGUGGGCAGUGGGGGACGGUGUGUGAUGAUUUAUGGGACCUAGUGGAUGCUCAGGUGGUGUGUAGACAGCUGGGCUGCGGCAGGGUCGUCUCAGCACCAGCAAAUGCUCAGUUUGGUCAGGGCACCGGACCCAUCUGGUUGGAUGAUGUCAGUUGCUCAGGCAGUGAAUCAAAUCUCACUCAGUGCCAGCACUUAGGAUUUGGAUCUCACAACUGUGCACACUCUGAGGACGCUGGUGUCAUCUGUGAAGGUAAAUUUGUGCAGCUGCAGACACUGAAGUCCCACUGCUUGAUUAUAUGUCCAGGAUGUUUAGCUGACAGGUUUGCAGUCAACGAUUAUGAUAGCUUUGAUUUAUGACU